AUGGCGGGCCCUGCCGCAGCUCAGGGUUUAAGCGUGGUCGCCUACCUUGGCAAUGUAUUUGCCAGUGUUAACUGGUUCAUGUGGCUGGGCUUGAUGAUUCCGUACUCGCUCUUCUUCUUUGCCAUCGACUCCCUGAUUGUCUGGCGUGUCAUCAACUGGUUUGACGCCAAAGUCUCUUACAAGAAUAUUCUCCCGGUACGCGCAAGUACCUACAUCCUGUCCAUCCUCAAUGAACAGUUAGGCAAGGGCGCCAUGGCCCUCUAUCUGAAUCGCCGCGAAGGUGUUCCGGGUUGGAAACUGGGCUCGUCCAUGUUGUUUAUCAUGGUGUGCGAACUGUUUUAUCUGGCCACCUGGGCAAAUAUAGGUCUGGCCCUGCAAUGGGACAACCUGCCGGAAGUAUUCAGGGGCCUGCCCUGGGUCGGUAUGAUCAUCGUCGCCUUGUUUGCGAUGGCAUUCCUUUACUUCAAAGGCAAAAUCCUGCCGAAUCUGAAAUGGCGCGACAAACAUAUUCUGCACGCCUUUCGCGAAGCCAGGCUGAGCCAGUAUCUGGUCAUUAUGAUCCUGCGUUCACCGGCAUUGCUUGCCGCGGUUGUGGUCUACUCUGAAGCGCUGAGUCUUUUUGGCGUUGAAAUCUCCUACAUGCAGAUGCUGGGCAUCUUACCGGUGAUCUUUUUUGGCGCUUCAAUUCCCGGUCCGUUUCGGGCUGUGGCCGUUUCUUUAUGGGUUAUUCUGUUUCCGGAAUUUCCCGCAGAAAUGUCAGCGUUCGGCCUGGUACAACACAACUUCUUCAUUCUGUUCAACGCCGUCAUCGGCCUGGUGUUCUUACGACUAACAAUCCAUGCGCAAGCAGCACCCGAGCAGCUGCAUCUUUUGAUACCGGGUGGUGCUGGUGGCGGUUGGGACCGCACCGCCCGCGGAGUGGGCACAGUGCUCAGCAGAACAGGCCUGAUCAAACAGAUACGCUACGAGAACAUGUCUGGUGGCGGUGGCGCCCGAGGCAUUGCACAUCUGCUGGAACGUCAAUCACCCCAUAUGCUGAUGGUGAAUUCCAGCCCCAUUGUCAUCCGCUCCCUGCAGAAAGCCUUUCCACACUCUUUUCGCGACCUGACGCCAGUGGCCAGCGUCAUUGGCGACUAUUCUGUUAUUGCGGUGCGUCGGCAGUCACCGAUCCAGAGCAUCAGCGCCCUGGCUGCUGCGCAAAAACAAAACCCCUCACGCAUUGCAGUUGCCGGCGGUUCCAUAGCCGGCAGUACAGACCACAUCGUUGCCGCAUUAGUAUUUGCCGGCUUUGCAGCCGAGCCGAAGAGCGUGAAAUACAUUCCUUAUGAUGCGGGGGGCAAAGCCAUGGCGGGCCUGUUAUCCGGCGAGGUACAGGCGCUGUCUUCCGGACUGGGCGAAGUCAUCGAUAUGGCACAACAGGGAUGGGUGAACAUAUUGUGUGUCACAUCUGCAGAACGUCUGAACCUGCUGCCGGAUACACCCACUUGCCUGGAAAGUGGCGCCCGGGGCGCCGUGUUUGCCAACUGGCGUGGAUUUUUUGCCAGUCCCGCCAUGCCGGCGUCACAGGUACAGGCUUACGCGGAGGUCCUCGCACAAAUGUACGCCACAAGUACCUGGCGAGAAAUCGCGGACAAUUAUGGAUGGGUAGACCUGUUUUACGCGCAGGCCGAUUUUGCAGAAAUGUUGCAUCAGCAGGAAACCGACGUCAGCGGCUGUAUUCUCCUGGCUUUCUGUUGUGCCUACGGCCUCCUUGCGCUGGAUAUACCCAGCACCACAACGCAGAUGGGUUCUGCCUUCAGCGCCCGCACCAUGCCUGCCGCGCUGGCCAUUGUCGGCAUCAUCCUGUCGCUGGCGCUGAUUUUGCUUCCCGGUAGAGCGCAAACCAGCAGCCAGGCGCCCAUCUACUGGCGCAAGGGUGCCGCAUUUAUCGUCUUGAUGAGCCUCUAUGGCCUGGCCAUCCGCCCAGGUGGAUUCAUUGUUGCCACCAUUGCCUUUCUCGCCGCUGGUUUCUGGCUCCUGGGCGAGCGCAAAGUGAUGACCCUGUUCAUACUGCCAACUGCUGUCGCGGUAUUCUUCUGGUUCUUACUCAGUGAACUCCUGGGUGUAUACGUUGCGCCGGGGCCUGCUUUCUGGCGCACUGAUGCGAUUUUGUUCCUGGUUGGUGGAUGCCUGGCUGGCACUUUGAUCGGCAUGUUACCCGGCCUGGGACCGAUGACGGCAAUUGCGCUGAUGAUACCGAUCGCUUCAACAUUGGAGCCCACCACCGGCAUCAUCAUGAUGGCCGCUGUCUAUUACGGUGCCAUUUUUGGUGGCUCGACGUCUUCGAUUCUGAUCAACGCACCUGGCGUGGCAUCCACCGUAGCAUCCAGUUUUGAUGGUUACCCCAUGUCCCAGCAGGGACACGCCGGUAAAGCACUGGCCAUUGCCGCUGGCGCUUCUUUCUGCGGCGGCAUCAUCGGCGCCGUAUUACUGAUGUUAGGCGCGCCGGUACUGGCAAAAGCCUCCCUGCUGUUUCAAUCCAGCGAUUAUUUCGCGUUAAUGGUUCUGGGGCUGGUCAGUGUCGCUGCGUUUGCGGGCAAUGGCGGCCUGAUCAAGGCCCUGCUGAUGACUACUGUUGGUCUUAUGUUAUCAACGGUAGGCACCAGCCAGGCCCAGGGUAUAGAGCGAUUCACUCUGGGCAGCAUUGACCUGAUUGACGGCAUCUCAUUUUUACUGCUGGUGAUGGCUACUUUUGCACUGGCAGAAGCUUUGCUUGCAGUGCUGCGCACGCCCGCUACACAGUUGCAGAUUGUGGAAAAAAGCAAACGCAAAACGCUUGGCAGCAUGCGUGUCAGCACAGACGAAAUACGCGACAUUUCACCCACGGUCGCUCGAUCGUCUGUCCUGGGGUUUAUCAUCGGCCUGCUGCCGGGGGCUGGCGCAACCGUUGCCAGCUUCCUUGCCUAUGCAUCUGAACAGCGUAUCGCCCCAGCCAAUCAGUCACCCGCAUUUGGUGCCGGUGCCCCCCGGGGGUUGGCCGCACCAGAAGCUGCCAACAAUGCAGCAGCUACAGGUUCGUUUGUGCCUUUGUUAACCCUGGGUAUACCCGGCUCAGGUACAACCGCUAUUCUACUUGGCGCCCUCAUCGCCUACGGCAUACAACCAGGCCCGAUGCUGUUUAUCAACGAACCCGCCGUAUUCUGGGCCGUCAUCGUCUCCAUGUGGCUGGGUAACGUUGUGCUGCUGGUAUUGAACCUGCCGCUGAUACCCUAUAUCGCCAGAAUUCUGAUGGUCCCCGGACGGCUACUGUUGCCACUGAUUAUGUUUUUUUCAAUCAUUGGCGUGUAUCUGGUGAGUUUCAACACCUUCGAUAUCCAACUCAUGGUGCUGUUUGCAGCGGCUGCCGUUGGCCUGCGAUUGCUUAACUUCCCUAUGGCCCCGAUGAUCCUCGGCUUCAUCCUCGGCGGCUUGAUGGAGGAAAACCUGGGACGCGCACUGCUGAUCUACGACAACAACUGGUCAUUCCUGUGGACCCGCCCGCUGACAUUUGGCAUCUUGCUGCUGGCCGCUUUGGCACUAUCGGCGAACCACGGCCCGGUACCCAUUCUGUACUGGCUGUCGGGGCUGACCUGUAACGACGAAAAUUUUGUGCAGAAGGCUGGUGCUCAGCAAUGGGCCGCCCAAUACGGUAUUGCCCUUAUUGCACCUGAUACCAGUCCGAGAGGAGAUAGCGUACCCGACGACCCUGAUGGUGCCUACGACUUUGGUCUGGGUGCCGGCUUCUACGUCGACGCCACCCAGGCGCCCUGGUCCGAACACUACCGCAUGUACAGCUACAUCACGGUUGAACUGCCGGCACUGCUGGCAACCAUCGAACAACUGGACACCACCCGCCAGGGCAUUUCCGGCCAUUCCAUGGGCGGCCACGGCGCAUUGACCAUAGGGCUACGCAAUGCCGAUAGAUUUCGCAGCAUUUCCGCGUUUGCACCGAUCAGUAACCCCAGCAACUGCCCUUGGGGACGUAAAGCCCUGGCAGGCUAUCUGGGCCCGGAACAAACUGCCUGGCGGCUCUACGAUGCCUGCGCUCUGCUGGAAGACAAAGCGCCAACGAUGCCUAUCCGCAUUGAUCAGGGUGAUGCAGAUGCGUUUCUGGCCGAGCAGCUUGCGCCGGAUCAAUUUCUUCGCUUGUGUAAGAUGCGCAAUCUGCCACUCACCUAUGAGUGGCAGGCGGGCUACGAUCACAGCUACUUCUUUAUCGUGGCAAACCUGCCGACGGCAUGGCCCCUGGACGAUCAGUCCACACAAUCGCCUCCUGAAGCCUGGCUGGCAACCUUCGACGCACCCUACUUAAACGCCUUGGUCGAACAGGCGGUCAGCGAUAAUUACGACCUCAAACAACAGGCAAUCGCGGUUGAGCGGGCACAAAUUCAGGAAAGACUGGCGCGUGCAGACCGCCUGCCAAGCCUGAAUCUCAGCCUCAGCGGACAGCGAUUUCGCCCACUUGGCGAGCUCUCCGGUAUUUCUGAACAGGUUGAUAUCGCCGCCACCGCAAGUUUCGAAAUCGAUUUGUGGGGCAAACUCAGCGAUCGCCAACGCCAGGCACAACUCAACCGGGCGGCAGCAGAGAUGCGCUACCUGACGGCACAACGCGCCCUGGCAGCCAAUGUGGUGCGGGCGAGCUUCAAUCUGAUCUCAGCAGGACAAUUACAGCAGGUGUUCAACCAGCGCCUGACUAAUCUGCAACAGGGCCUGGACGUCAUCGAAAAAGGCUAUCGCAGCGGCCUGAACGAAGCCCUGGAUGUGUACCUGGCUCUGAAUACGGUAGAGCAGGAACGGGCAAAUGUAGCCAAUCAGCGCCAGGUCAGUUUUGAAGCGCGCACAAAUCUCGAGCGGCUGCUGGCCGAAUAUCCCAGUGCACAAAUAAGCGUAACUCAGGACCUACCUGCCCUGCCCGCGUUACCGGCAGCUGGAUUACCCGCCGAUCUGUUACAACGCAGACCUGAUAUUCAGGCAGCCUGGCUGGAUCUACUGGCUGCAGAUGCUGAACUUGCCGUUGCACACAAGAACCGCUUUCCCUCCCUGGACCUUACGGGCAGUGUGCGGGAUGCGGACUCUGCAGUCAGCCGGCUGCUCAAUGGUGGGCCUCUGGCCUUCACUGCAGCCGCCAGUCUUUUUCAACCGAUAUUCCAGGGUGGCAGAUUAAAAGCGUUGGAAGAACAGGCGGCACUGAUUGUAGAGCAGUUAGAGCAGCGUUAUCUGGAUGUUGUAUUCAGCAGCAUUGCGGAAGUAGCAAACGAACUGAACCGCUCUGUGACGCUAAACGAUCGAUAUAACGCCAUUGUGCAGGCGGAGGUGAAUGCCAGUACCGCCCUGACCCUUGCUUUUGACCAGUAUCAGAAAGGCCUGGUGACGUUUACGACAGUACUGGAUGCCCAGCGCCGCGCCUUCGACGCUCAAACCGCUGUGGUACAGCUUCGCAAUCAGCGCUUACAAACCCGGGUAGCUUUAUUGCUGGCUUUAGGCGGCCCACCUGCAGGGCCACAAACUGUGGUGGAAGUCAUUCCCGUCACCAGCCGCGACUAUCAGAUCAACGUCAGCAGCUAUGGGACCGUGCAACCCCGUACACGCUCUAUCCUGGUUGCCCAAGUGAGAGGCCAGAUUGUGAAUAUUGAGGCUGACUUUCGCGCGGGUGGUUUUUUUGACGCAGGUGACGCCCUGUUAACUAUUGACCCACGCGAUUAUGAAGCCGACGUGCAAAUUGCCCAGGCCACGCUGAUGGAUGCGCUGCAGGUACAGGCACAGGAAGAAGCGCGGGUGGAGCAGGCGCUACAGGACUGGCAACGUCUUGGCCAGCCUGGCGAAGAACCUUCUGAACUGGUCCUGCGUCAGCCCCAACUACAGGCUGCAAGGGCACGGGUAAGCUCCGCGCAGUCAGCGCUCACCAAAGCCGGACUUGAUCUGGAACGCACCACCAUCACCGCUCCGUUUUCAGGCAGGGUGCUCAGGCAGAUGGUCGAUUUAGGUCAGGUGGUCACCGUGGGUGCUCAGCUUGCCGAAGUAUUUGCCACCGACUAUGUUGAGAUCAGGUUGCCGAUCCGCAAUGCAGACCUUGAAUUUGUAGAAUUGCCCGAGAACCAGAACACCGUCGCCCCGUAUGUGGAAAUUAAAUCCAACCUGGGUGGCGAAACCACCUGGCACGGGGAAGUUAUCCGCACUGAAGGGGCCAUCGACGCCGUCGCCCGACAGUUACAUGUUGUGGCGCAGAUCAACGAUCCUUUUGGCACUACCAAUCCCGUUGCCAAGCCCCUCAAGAUAGGCGAGUACGUGACCGCUGAGAUCAGCGGCAAACAGCUGCAGGAUGUUAUUGUGAUCCCAGGCAAUACCAUCUACCAGAACAGUUAUGUUUAUGUGGUUGAGAACGACCUGUUGCAGCGGCGCGAUGUCGAGAUCGCCUGGCAGAACGGGGUUGACGCCAUUAUUGCAAAAGGCCUGAUGGCCGAUGAAUUACUGGUCACAACGCCGCUGGGGCAAAUCACGUCGGGCACUGCAGUGCGCAUAGCCGGUGAACAGGACGCAGCCCGCAUUGCGCGUAACCGACCGGCGCAAUCCACCGGAGCAGCAAAUUGA